AUGAUUGAGCUCGGCCUGGCCCGCGUCGGCCAGCUGCUCAAGCAGACGCCGCUUCCAUGGCGCGCCAUCCACGUUGCCGGCACUAACGGCAAAGGCUCCAUCUGCACGGCAGCCUCUGCCAUGCUGCACAGGGCCGGCAUCUCGCACGGCCGCUUCACCUCGCCGCACCUGAUCGACCGCUGGGAUUGCAUCAGCAUCAACGAGGAGCCUGUCGCCGAGUCCGUUUUCCGCGAGGUCGAGCAUCUGGUCCAGGGCCGCAAUGAGCGCGAAGGCAUAAACGCCACCGAGUUCGAGCUGCUGACCGCCACCGCCUUCGAGCUCUUCACCCGCGCGAAGAUUGAGAUUGGCGUUAUCGAGACUGGCAUGGGCGGUCGCUUGGAUGCUACAAACGUAUUGCAGCAGCCCCUGGUGACUGUCAUCUGCAAGAUCGGCAUCGAUCAUCAGGCGUUUUUAGGCGACACUAUCGAAAAGAUCGCCUUCGAGAAAGCCGGGAUCAUGAAGCCAGGCGUGCCUGUUGUCGUCGAAGGUACCAACAGACCGUCCGUCGUUGAGGUGAUCCAACAGCGCGCCAAAGAAAUAUCCGCAGGCCCGGUAUACAUGGUUAACGGUCUGCCGGAUUUGCCGGAAUCAAAUUCAGAGUACAAGAACUUCCUAAAGGCCAAGGACUUCCAACCCCAUGAGAUUCUCAACACGGCAUGUGCUCACAAAGCUACCCUGUUGGCUUUGGAGGCCCUUGGUCGGAAGCCUGACGAUGAGUUGAGUCUUUUCAACGGUUUGGCAGACGUCAAGUUGCCCGGACGCCUUCAGACUUUGGACCUCGGGCGUAUCACCGAGCGCAAGAGCCCGGCCGUAUUGGACGGAGCACACAACGUUGAUUCGGCUGAAGCUCUUGGCUGUUUUGUAGAGUCAUUACGCAAGAAGUCCAAGAGUGGUGUUGUUUGGGUGUUAUCAGUCAGCUACGGCAAGGCCAUGAUUGAGAUGCUGAAACCGCUUCUGAGAAACGGGGAUUCCGUCGUAGCUGCGGAGUUCGGCCCGGUUGAUGGAAUGCCCUGGGUGAAACCAACACCCGCUGGAGAAAUAGUCGCAGCUGCAAAUGCCACUGCAACGUUGCAUGAAACCGCCGAGUGUGGCCCAGACGUCCCAGCUGCUUUAAAGAAAGCUGCGGCCUUAGCGUCCACUGACGGUAGUGAAGCUCCCCUUGUCAUUGCUGGUAGUCUUUACCUGGUGUCGGACGUCUUGCGUCUUUUGAGGAGUGGCUGA